AUGGCAGCAGCGUGUGGUAAACUUGAAGUAGUGAAAUACCUCAUCAGCGAAGGGGCUGAGGUGAAUAGGAGAAAUAAUGAGGGUAGUACUGCGUUACACAGUGCUGCUCAGGAGGGAUAUUGUGAUGUCAUCGAAUAUCUCAUCAGUCAAGGAGCUGAGGUGAAUAAGGGAAAUAAUGAGGGCAGGACUGCAUUGCAACUUGCUGCUCAGGAGGGACAUUAUGAAAGCUUGCGUAUGAUUUAUCCGGCGACUCCUGAGAAAAGAGCCAAACCAAGCGAGCCUAGAGAACCUGAAGAUAUGGAUAUCAUCACAACAUCGGAUACAGGGCUAGAUGAAAUUAAUGACGACCUUGACCAAUGUGGGGGUACACCAAACACAGAAGAGCUUUGCAGCGUCGCUCUAUCAGUGACAAGUCUGCCAUUAGCAUGUUCACUUGGGAAAGCUCUUCGUCUAAAUGAUGACCUCAUUGUUGGAUUUAUCGAUCUACCAAGUUCAUCAGUACUCCAUGAGAUCGCACGACAUCUCAUAGACAGUUGGUGGAAUGGUUUGAAAGAGGAAGAAAAGGAAGAAAAGUUUGCUAAGCUUCUCUCGGAGUUUAACAUCCCAGAUGUCAAAACAGGUUCGUUGGAAUCACAAGGCUGA